AUGGGACGAUUCGGUCCAACGCGUCGUAAAAUCCCCGUUCCCAAACGCCAUGGUGUUCGUGAUCCGCUGAAACGGCUCGCCGAGAAAGAAGCAGCCAAUAAAGACAAAAUCAACAAUCCCCCCAAGGAACACGAUGUACAGGAGGUGUCGAAUCGUUUCAAGCGGUUUAUGGCACUGACCAAAGAGGUCAAUCAACCUAGGCAAAGGAUUAAACAAAAAAAGGAAAAACCAAAACUGCGGAUCGGCAACACGGUUAUUGAAAAGCGCAAUCGGGAAUCGGAAGAAUCGUUCCUGAUGCGUGCGAGUAAAGUCCAGCAUGAUCGUGAGGUAGAGGGCGCAUUCGGAGUCAAGUUCGGUGUUGAGGUGCAACACGAUGAUCGCACCGGAGCAAUUCGUGUGGUUAAACGGAAAGGUAUCGAAGUUGAUGUUAUGUUGCAAACGAUUAACGAUGAAAAAGCAGCCAAAACAAAGGCGCGAAAAUUAAAAGCAGUAGAAGCGGCCAAAGCUAAAAAAGCGUUGAUCACUGAAAAGAAGCAGAAAACGUUAGAAAAACAACGAGAGGAAGAAGAUCUGUUGCUGAGAGAGUACCAAUACGAACGGGUGCCUUUUGGUGAGGUAGUAAAAGAACCGCCAACGCUCCACACACUGCCACGGCGAGCUACAAGGGAAGGUGUGGCACGGCCCGGAUCCAAAGGUCUAUUGCUAAGUUCGUUACUGGAAACAAAACAAACGGAAGAGCAGGAAGAACCGGUCCCGAAGAAAACUUCCAAAAAGAAGGGGUCGGAACCGAAAUUAGAUCUGAAAGGCAAACGAAAGAAACUGCCCGUUGCAACACGAAUGAAGAUCGAACGUGAACAGCAAAGUGUCAUCGAUAUGUAUCGGCAAUUGAAGAAGAAACCAAAACAAUAA